AGUGAGCAGCUUUAACCAUUGGUCGCCGACAUCGAAGGUCGGCUUAAUUCCCGUCCGGCUGUCGCCGCCCGCGCUCAUCAUCCCUCGCAUUUCAUCUCUGGCCGAACGCCGUCUCGCAGGGCCCCGGACGCCUCCCCCCCGCGGACCCUCGGGUCGCGCUAUGAAGCGUCGGCAUGGGUUUUAUGGAAUUCUACCUGGAGAUCGACCCGGUCACGCUCAACCUGAUCAUCCUGGUGGCCAGCUACGUCAUCCUGCUCCUGGUCUUCCUCAUCUCCUGCAUCCUGUACGACUGCCGGGGGAAGGACCCCACCAAGGAGUACGCCCCCGACAACGCCGCGCCGCCCCCCGGCCAGUCGCCCAUUCGCCUGGUGGUCAUGCAGAACUCGCCCGCCUCCGCCCGUUACGAGCCCGACCGCGCGGCCGAGCCGCAGACGCCCGACCCGAGCCGAGAUCGGGAGAAGAGGAGCACGCUGGUGUGAGGGGAACGAAAACCCAGAGCGGCCCCGGGACCCUCCCGUCAUUUUCCGCCGUCCCGCUUGGUGCGCAUUGAAGCGGGCUUUUGUCUCGCUCAGCCCGCUGGGAAAAAUAAAGACUACAACGCCCACAAUCCAAUUCAACUCUUCCCUAACCCCGCCCCCUCACUUUGGAGAUGGGUGGGCGGGGGGUCAUGUGACCUAUUUGUCACAGGAAGGAAGUCGGACGGCCUUGCUGAGUUCCUGCUGGCUUGUGAUGGACCAGGAAGUAACCCUAUUUGGACACCUUUCACCUAAUCAGCUCUUUGUUGUGAUGCUAGCCGAAUGCUAACGUAUGCUGUUAAUUGAGCUACCGUGUUGUUAAAAGUCUAUUGAUGGAAUAUUAAUUUUUUUUUAUGUGUUAUUUUUUGUUUGUACUUAUUUUUGACAGAACAUUGGUUUGAAAUGAGAAUGAGGGUUUAAAAAAAAGAUGUUUUGUCAUUUCAGAGUUAGAAAUGGCAAAACUAGCAACUGAAAGUUAGCCACGAGCUGCCAAUGAAAGCUUCAUAGCUGGCUAAGUUAGCCCAGCCAAUGAGAGUUGAGCUUGUGUUGGACCCGAGCAAGUGGACCAGGAAGUGACCAUAUUUGGACAUGUUUCAGGGCCUCAGCUGUUAGAUUUGAUGCUAGCCCAAUGCUAACAGUUGUAAUUAACAGAGCUAGCACAUUGUUAAGAUUUAUUGACAUCGUACUGAGUUUAAGUGAAGAUUAAGUGGAAAAAAAAUGCUGAAACAUUUUAGACAUUUAGCCAGAAAGUUACAAGUAACAUUCUAGCCAGAAAGCUAAAAGUAAGAUGUGUGAGUUAGCCACUACUAGUGAAGGUUUCUUGACAGAAUAUUGACUUUUAAUGAGGGUUAGGUGGGGGGGAAAAAAAACAGUUUUUCCAUUUUCGCUGGAAAGCUAAAACUAGCAUAGCAUUUCGCCAUGUUUCAGCACCUCAGCUGUUUGUUGUGAUGCUAUCCGAUGCUAACGUUCAAUAUUAAUUUAGCUAGUACGUUAAGGUUUGUUGACAGAAUAUUGGGUUUAAAUGAGGAUGAAAGAGGGGAAAACAGACAUUUUAGACAUCUUAGUUGGAAAGCUAAGCCUAGAAUGUCUGAAUAUUGGUCAUAAAUGAGGAAAGACCAUCUAGAAGUUAGCAGGAAAGAGCUAAAAGCAGCGCAUGUGAGUUAGCCACUCGCUGUUAUUGAAAGCUUCACAUUCGGUUGAACAGUUAACCAAACAAAACAAGCUUGAAAUUAAUAUUAAUCAAGUGUGUCUAACUUAUUUGAAGCUAAUCAAACAUUUCCCUACAUCAGUUUCUUGUCUACAGUCAACAUUGCUGUUUUUUCCCCAAACAAACAACACAAACUCUUCUUUUUUUCCCCCUGCUAUCAAAAGCGGCUUAAUCUGUGUAAAACAAGCUAAAAAAGUCCAUCCAUCCAUUUUUUUUACCACUUGAGCCUAUCCCAGUUAUCUGCGGGCGGCCUAACCCUAACCACCCUGAGCUGGUCGCCAGCCAAUCGCAGAGCACAUACAAACAAACAAGACAUUCGCACUCACAUUCACACCUACGGGCAAUUUAUCGGACUCAAUUUAGAGUCCUCAAUCAACCUAUGUUUUUGGAAUGUGGGAGGAAACCGGCGUGCCCGAAGAAAAGCCACGCAGGCACGGGGAGAACAUGCAAACUCCACACAGGCGGGGCCGGGGAUUGAACCCCGGUCCUCAGAACUGCGAGGCAGACGCUCUAACCAGUCUCCCCCCCCCCCCCGUGCCGGCAGCUAAAAAGUCAAAAGUUAAAAAAAGAUAAAAAGGGGAUAAGGUGGACAAGAGGCUAAAAAAAGGACAAAAGAAAGAUAAAAAGGAAGUUGUUUUUGCGCAACGACGGCGACGCCAAAUCCUCUUACGUAAAGCAACCCAGCGCGGCAUGUCAAUCAUCCAUCAGAGGAAUUGCACAAUUAUCCGCCUGCCUGUGUCCAUAUUCCAUGUUUGUGGAUUACAUUCUGCCUGCAAAGUAUUCGCAGCGCGUAUUAAAAUUGUGUUUGUGCUUUUUUUGUGCGUCCGGGGGCUUACGUAAAGCUUUGCUGGGCCACAAACACGCAAACCUCAGCAACGGUGGUGAUGAUGAUGAUGAUGAUGACGACGACGGCGCACGUAAUCCCGCCUCAGGACGCUUGAUUUCGUGUACUUUCUUUUAAUAUGAACUGUUUGAUUGUAUUUGUCAUGUUCGAUUGACACGGCAAAAUGAUGCAAAUCAAUUAAAGGCCCAUGAUGAUCACAAAAUACUUUGAUUAUUUUGGAAAUUAAUUUUACAUCUGAGCUUUAAUGUCAAGCGAGCUAUGCAUAGGAGAACACUAAAAUUCUAUUUAUUCAUCAUUGAACCAUUUAAUUUUAUUUGUUGACUUAAA